AGCUCAAGAACAUUGAUGAUCGUCUUUUUGUGUGUGUGUUUAGCCAUUAUGUAUGUCAUGGGCGCUCUCGGACCUGCUGCUGGGUAUCUUCUGGGUGGCAUUCUGAUCGGAUUCUACGUCGAUCCUGGUACUGUUGUCAAUAUUGACCAGGGUGACCCGCGCUUUGUAGGAAACUGGUGGAGUGGCUUUCUGCUGUGUGCCGUGGCAAUGCUGCUGGUCAUCUUCCCCAUGUUCUCCUUCCCUAAAAAACUGCCACCACGCCAAAAGAAAAGUAAGAGAGGUGUGAAGAAGGGUGCAGGUGACGUCUCCAGCGACGAUGAGAUGAUGAAGGAGAAGAGCCAAGCGGUCUCGUCCUCUAUGGGUUUCGGCAAAAAUAUCAAAGAUUUGCCAAAAGCAGCCGUGCGCAUAUUGAGCAACGUGACGUUUUUGUUCGUCAGUUUGUCGUAUACAGCAGAAUGUGCCAUCGUCACAGCCUUCAUCACUUUCAUCCCCAAAUUUAUUGAAUCUCAGUUUGGUGUUCCAGCAUCCAGUGCCAGCAUUUACACAGGUCUGAUCAUCGUACCCAGUGCAGGUGUUGGCAUAUUUUUAGGUGGUUACAUUAUUAAGAAACUCAAACUGGGCGCAAGAGAAGCUGCGAAGUUGGCCAUGAUCUGCAGCGGCGUGUCUUUGCUCUGCUUCUCCACGCUUUUCAUCGUCGGCUGCGAAAGCAUCAACCUCGGUGGAAUCAACAUCCCUUACACCACUGGGCCCACACUGACUCUGUCUCACCGGAACCUGACGGGAAGUUGUAAUGUGAACUGUGGCUGUAAGAUUCAUGAAUACGCACCCGUCUGCGGCUCUGACGGCAUCACAUACUUCAACCCCUGUCUGGCUGGAUGCAGCAACAUCGCCAACCACACCUCAGGAAUCAGAAACUAUUCGGACUGCGCAUGCGUUCAGAGUCGUCAGGUGAUCACGCCGUCAGGAGGAAACCACGAGCUGCAGCUGGUGAUCGUCAAGACGUACCUAAACGAGAACGGCUUCGCUCUGGCGGGAAAGUGUGAACGCACCUGUGGGACUCUCAUCACCUUCCUCAUCUUCCUCUUCAUCGUCACGCUCAUCACCGCCUGCGCUCAGCCCUCCGUCAUCAUUGUUACGCUCAGGUCAGUGGAUGAAGAGGACAGGCCGUUUGCUCUGGGAAUGCAGUUUGUUCUUCUCAGGACUCUUGCCUACAUCCCCACUCCUAUCUAUUUUGGAGCUGUGAUUGACACCACCUGUAUGCUGUGGCAGCAGGACUGUGGUUUCCAUGGGUCCUGCUGGGAGUACGAUGUCACUUCCCUCCGCUUCGUCUACUUUGGUCUAGCAGCGAGCUUGAAGUUCCUGGGCUUCCUGUUCAUCUUCCUCACUUGGUAUUCGCUGAAGCGUCGCGAGGAGCAGACGCACACACACACGCACCAGCACACACUUUCCACGCUGGACACAGUAAGCCAUCUCAUCUGCCACGCUGGAGGCCACAAAGGCCACGCUCGCACCCGCUCAUGUCCCGUCUUCCUGCCACGGCCAUUUGAACACUCCCACAAUGCAGGGCCACCAGGACAUGCUCUGAGCCGUGGCAACAGCUGCCCUGGCAACGGCCUGAAAGCAAUAACUCCGCCCAUACGCUCUCUGGAGAAAGUGGCCGUGUGAUGGUUUGCCGCCACACACUCUCGUACGCUCAUACACAUGCAUGCCGACAUUGUACAAUUAUGAGGGACGAUUAUUAUGUAAACAGACCACACCGCUUAAAGCCAAUGCCGGUGCCUUUUUAAAACGCAUACACACACGAUUCAGACACAUUAUAACAGGAUUAUCGCGAAGCACUGAUUAGUAAUAAAACUUUUUUUUUUUACACAAUACCUCAGAAGGACGAAUACCUCUAAUUAUCGUCACACAAAUAAAGACACACACACACACACUAGAACAUAUUUAACAUAGUCGCCACAUACAGUUACCUAUAGUGUUAUUGUUCAUAUACUUUUCUGCUUCUCCUGUCCAGCAGAUUCAUGAACAUUUGCCUCAUCCAUUCAACCAUUCAUGUGUCAACAGUGAAGGGAAAGAGACUGCAAAUGUUACUAUGCAAACUCCUCCCACAGCACUGAUCCCUUGUGAAUUAUAUUAGCCUCUUUUACACUUCAAGCCCCUCCCACAAUUAGAUUUAUUCACCACACCUUGUCUGAAAACUCCUCCCACAGCACUUCUGAAUUACUUUAGCCCCUCUCAAACUUUAAGCCCUUCUGCUUUAUUACAUAGACUGGCCACACCCAUUCCGCAAGCUCCUCCCACAGCACUGUCUCUUUCUGAAUUACUUUAGCACCUCCCAAACUUUAAGCCCUGCCCCUUUAAUUACAUAAACUGGCCACAACCAGUCUGCAGGCUGCUCUCACAGCACUGACUCCCUCUGAUUUAUAUUAGCCCCUCCUACAUUUUAAACCCCUCUCCUAGAUCACAUUUAUUCACCACACCCAGUCUGUAAACUCCUCCCACAGCACUGUCUCCUGAAUUACUUUAGCUCCUCCCAAACUUUAAGCCCUGCCCCUCAAUUACAUAUACUGGCCACGUCCAGUUUGCUGGCUCCUCUUAUAGCACUGACUUCUUCUGAACCAUAUUAGCCCCUCCUACACAUCAAGCCACAUUUAUUCACCCCACCCAGACUGCAAACUCCUCCUACAGCACUGUCUCCUGAAUUACUUUAGCCCCUCCCAAACUUUAAUUCCUUCCCUUACAUAGUCUGGCCACAACCAUCCUGCAAGAUAAUCCCACUGUACUGAUUCCUUCUGAAUUAUAUUAGCUCUUCCUACACGUCAAGCCCCUCCCCUAAAUCACAUUUAUUCACCACACCCAGACUGCAAACUCCUCUCGUAGCACUUACGCUUUUUGAAUUACUUUAACCCCUCCUAAAAUUUAAGCACUUUUCCUAAAUUACAUAAACUGGCCACAAACAGUCUGCAGGCUCCUCUUACAGCACUUAUUCCUCCUGAACCAUAUUAGCCCCUCCUACACGUCAAGACCCUCCCUUAAGUCACAUUUACUCACCGCACUCAGUCUGCAAACUCCUUCUGCAGCGCUUUCUCCUUCUGAAUUACUUUAGCCCCUCCCAAACUUUAAGCCCUUCCCCUAAAUUACAUAUACUGGCCACACCCAGGCUGUAAACUCCUCCCACAGCACUUUAUUUUCCUGAAUUGCAUUAGCUCCUCCCACUCUUCAAGCUCCUCCCCUAAAUGGCUUAUAUUUACCACACCCAGGCUUUAAAUUUCUUCCACAACAGUGACCUCCCCUGAAUUGCAUUAGCCCAUAAGAAACUUUAAUUAACGCCCCAAAUUACAUUCAUUGACCAAUCCCGUUAUGUUAACUCCUCCCACAACAGACUUCUCCUGAAUUCUGAAAUGUCAAGCCACUCCUUUACAUGACAAAUACUGGCCACACCCAGGCCGUGAACUCCUCUUACAGCACUUUACCUGAAUUGCAUUAGCCCCUCCCCUAAAUGGCAUAUAUUUACCACACCCAGGCUUUAAACUCCUCCCACAACAGUGACUCCUCCUGAAUUGCAGUAGCCACACACAUUUUAAGCUAUAUGCCUAAAUAAUAUAUGCACAUCAACCAGGCUCCACCCACAAUGGUCUCCUCCUGAAUCCCAUUAGCCCCUCCCAAACUUUAGGCCACUCCCCUAAAUGACAUUGGACACACCCAGGCUGAGUACAAUUCAUCUCAAACAGUGUGGAUUGAUUCCUCCCGAACUUCAAACUCCACCAUUUAGACUCCGCCUUGUUUCAUUUCUUUUCUCUCGAGUGGUGUGUUAAAUGUUUAGACUUCUAGUCUUACGAUGACGGUGUGUUUUUGUUCAGCUUUCUGCGUCCCUUCAUAACUUUUGUGGAUCAUAUCAGUAUUCAGAAGAGUUCGCUCUGUCAGUGUUGACUGUAUAUUGGUGGUCAUCUCAAUAAAUGACACGCACAAACACAACAAGUAUCUAGGAGACGCAUCAUCUCAUGUUCACCCACAUCAUGUACUCUUGAAAACAUGCUCUCACACCCCUGUGGAAGGUGUUGUGUUUGCUCUGAAGUUGAGCCAGUGUUAGUGGUGUUAAUGGACACAUGAAGACCGCAGGAUUUACACACCAGUGAACUACUGCUGAGGAAACAGUGUUUCAUAUUCCUCUCCUCUCUUUUUCCCCCUCCCUAUGUUACUGUGCUCUGUUAGCAAACAGACGACACGUCAAUCUGAUUAUUUAUUUAAAGUUACUUGAAGGUUUUGUCCAAUCGGGGCAAACCUGGAGAAAUUCUUUAUUAACUGUUUUGUUUAACUUGUACAAAGGAUUUGUGUCAAUAAAAUAAAAUGAUUUUGAUUGUGUACUGCGA